AUGAUGACCUGUAUGGACCUUUUCCAAAAUGUCAAUCCUAAGGCUGUUGUCGGGGUUUUAUGCGUCUAUUUGGAGCACAGAAACUCAAGAGUACGAGAAGAGGUUUUGAACAUCCUUACCUCAGCGCUUAUGAUCAUCUCAGCCUCGCGUAUGAAUUUUAGCGCUAUUGUUAAUGUGCUUGUUCCGUUACUUUGUGAUCCUAAAAGGAGAGUUUUGAACAUCCUUACCUCAGCGCUUAUGAUCAUCUCAGCCUCGCGUAUGAAUUUUAGCGCUAUUGUUAAUGUGCUUGUUCCGUUACUUUGUGAUCCUAAAAGGAGAGUAAGACUAGCAGCAUUCGAGCAACUAUCUGUUGUUGCAUAUUUAAUGAAUGGAAAAUUGGACAUUUUGCUAAGAGCUGUAAGGGAUAUGGAAACUCGUUCGUCUCUUACAGGCCUUUCUGCAGCAGUUAUGGCUCGUCUACGUCGUCAAACUCUACCUCGUAUACGCUACGAUGGUCUCAUUGAGUACUCGACUCCACCCGUGACUGACUCU